UCUGUCUCCCACUUCCCCGGGUCAGCGCGGCCUGCUCCUCCCCGGCCCGUCGCCCCCGCCUCCAUUUCCCGCCCUCUCUUCACCACACACACGGUCCCCCCGAUCAUGGAUCCGGGCAGUGGCGGCGGCGGCGGCGGGGGCAGCAGCAGCGGGAGCAGCAGCGACUCAGCGCCCGACUGCUGGGACCAGGCGGACAUGGAAGCCCCCGGGUCGGGCCCGUGCGGCGGCGAAGGCGGCCCCUUGGCGGCGGGGGCCGCCGAGGCCCAGCGUGAGCACCUCAGCGCGGCCUUCAGCCGGCAGCUCAACGUCAAUGCCAAACCCUUUGUGCCCAACGUCCACGCCGCCGAGUUCGUGCCGUCCUUCCUGCGUGGCCCGGCCCAACCGGCGCCGGCGCCGGCGCCAACCACCACGGAGCCUGCAGUGGCGCGGGAGGCCCUUCGGGCAAAGGGGCCGGGACGCGGAAGCAGCCGAGCGGGAGGCCGGAGCCCACCUUGGUGGGGUGUGGGGACACGUCUGCGGUUCGCCUCGCAGGGCGGGGUACGCGCGGCCUCGGGGCCCGGCGGCACGUGGGGCGCUGACAGCGGCGCCGGGCGCGGGCAGCCCUGUGUGGGGCGGCCCGGGCGCGGCGGAGGGCCUGGAGGAGCGGUAGCUGCGUGUCGGCGACAUGGGAGGGAUCUAGAGCCCGUCCCUUCCCCGGGGGCCGCAGCUACCUACUAGAACUGAAAACCGUAUGGGACGGAGAGGGCCCGCGGCCAUCAGUACCAUGAGGCCCAGACGUGGGACAACUGGAACCAGGAGGUGGGUGGGCGUUGAGCGAGCCAGACUCAAGGAGCUGGGAGGACGAGCGCCCGACUUUUCCUUCACCUUAUGCCUAGAUAAAUGGACAUCAUAAAAGUCUCUGGGAGUUUAGCUUCUUCAGAAACUUGCCACAGUUUCUGUAUUAGAGGCAGAGAGCUUGGAGAAGUACUUCUGUGAAGUAAGUACAUAUAUGAGCACAGUUUGAAUUUGGUUGUUUGAUUUUCUUGAUGUUUUGCCUUUUAACAAGGAAACUUAGUAUUUAUUUCUUUGCUUAGAUCAAGCAGUUUGGCCUACUUAAAUAAAGUUCACUUACCAGCCCCUAAAAGUGCCCGGUUCCCCAUACCUUAUCAUGCAGAUUCCUUUUAUCCAGCCAUUUUCUUGUUUCUUUUUUGGCCGUCCCUCCUCACUCUGGAGCCACCAGCACCACUCUGGCUAGACUUGGAACUCCAUUUCCAGCUUGUCCAUCCAUCAGCCAGUGAGUCAGGAAGGGACAGCCAUCCUCAGAGCAGUGAUCUGGAGUAGACAUUGUUGGGUGACUAGGUAGGUAGGUUGGGUGACUGUUAGGUAGAAGAGCUGUCUUUCCUCUUACUGGCAUUUGCCAACUUGCUGGUUUAUUCUUAAUCCUUUUCUCUGUGACACUGUUAGAAGUGGAGAUGUAAAAAUAUCUAAGGAAGCGGUUAUAAGAGAAGUACUUUCUUUGUUACUUGGUGGUCAGUUUUUUUCAGUUAUAUCAAACUGUUUUGGUGUUACUGACUUUGUCAACUGCUUCUACAAAAUGCCAGUUCAUAUUUUUAAAAGUGUCCUCCUUAGGGUUGUCUAUUGGAAAAGAAUGGUUUCUAAAUUGAGGUCCAGAGAGAUGUGGGACUGUUGGAUUGCAUGUUUGAACCCAUAGAGGUCCAUAAAGUACCACCAUCAUAGCAGAGAACUAUGCCUGGAAGAAGCAAAGAAAAAAAUUGGAACUUGCCCUUAGAAAUUUACAAAGGGGGAGCCAUAAAAGUUGCAAGUUUUUUUAUAGUGAGGAAAUAAACAGAAGGGGAGCAUCUUUUCUUUGGUUGUUAAGCCCUUGUUGAGAUUUGUUGUGGGUCCCUGUUUUUAAACUAGAUAGGAGGAAGAGCUCUUGAAGGAGGAAGUCUAGAGGUAGAACACUGAAUGACUUCCUAACUGUUCCUGUCUAGGAUGAAUAUCUGUCAUUUCUCCUGAAAACAGGCUAGUUGGGUUUUUCUGGUGGUUCCUUGAGCAGCCAGUUGCCAUAAAUGUUUUUGCACAGUGUCAGAAGGCUGCUGGGUGGUUAUGCCUGUUUCCAGCCAUCCCAAGUCAAAACUUGGGAUUCCGUGUUGAUCUUAGCUCUCAGAAAAAGUAAUACAGGUUUCCAACGGAAUGAUUAAGUAGAAUACAAAUUAAGUGUAACCAAGUGUAAUUCAUUUAAGUUCAGUUCUCUACAGAUCCAAGUAAAUUGACUACGUGAUGCUCUUUAAAGUAGAAGUCCUGAAAUGAAUGAAAAUGUGGAAGACAAGGGUUGUGUGUAAGAGAACAAACAUUUUCUAUGCUAGAAUGUACAUAUUUUACUUAUUUUGAGUUUCAAUUUGCACACAGUUCAUUCUUUUUUAUUGUUGAAUGAGAAGUAAGUUUAGCGAUUUAAUUCAGGAUUACUUGGUGUCUUAGUCCAUUUGGGCUGCUGUGUAGUACAGUACCACAGACUAGGUAGCUUGUAAACAAAAUUUUUAUCCCUCACAGCUCAGGAGGCUGGAAGACCGCGAUCAGGGUGCCACCCUGGUCAGAUGAGGGCCUCCUUCCCUCUCUCAGAUCAGAUUGCUGACUUCUUGUUCUCACAUGGUGGAAGGGGCAAGGGAGCUCCCUGGGGCCUCUUUUAUAAAGGAGCUGUUUGUAAAAUGCAUUCUUGAGGGCUCUGCCGUUAGGACUUAUGUCCUCCAAAAAAACCCCACCUAAGUCCAAUACGUGAGGCAUUAGAAUUUCAACAUAUGAAUUUUGGGGGGGACACAAACAUUUCAG